CCUUCUAAAAUUUAUCUUCUUGGAUGCUUGGGAUGGUGUAAAUACAUAUAUAUGUGUAGAGAACUAUUAUGUGUUCUAAGAGAGAAGAACAAGAACCAGUAGAAGAUCAAGAACAAGAGCUAGCAGGUGAUCAUCAUCAUCAAGAUUUUCAAAGAUUUCAAGAACACUCAUCAUCAAUCGUUCAACAGAUUCAACAUCAAAACAUGGGUAUUAAUGAUUAUUCAUAUACGUCAUCCUCUGAAGUCUCUCCGAUCUUGCAUCCACAACAGCAGCCAUGGAUGCUACCUCAAGUAUUCCACCAUCACAACACUGGUUAUAACACCUCCGAUCUUCAUUUCCCAGGCGGAGACCACGGCACGUAUCUCUUCCCUCCACCACCACCUCCGCCGUCAUCACUGUCGUCCUAUGGUGGUUUGGUUAAUAGGAGGGUACCAGGUGGUGGCUUGCAGUUUGCAUACGAAGGUAGUACGUCUUCAUCGGACCAUCACUUGAGGCUCAUAUCCGAGACACUGGGCCAGAUGGUUCAACCAGGGUCCAUGCCGUUUGGGCUCCAAGCUGAAAUGGGUAAGAUGACUGCUCAAGAGAUCAUGGAUGCUAAAGCUUUAGCAGCUUCAAAAAGCCAUAGCGAAGCAGAAAGAAGACGUCGAGAAAGAAUCAACAAUCAUCUUGCCAAACUCCGCAGCUUACUCCCCAGCACCACCAAAACGGACAAGGCUUCGUUACUAGCUGAAGUGAUACAACACGUGAAGGAGCUUAAGCGCCAAACGUCCAUAAUAGCCGAACAAAGUCCAGUCCCUACAGAGACCGAUGAGUUGAUCAUAGACAACACUUCGGAUGAAGAUGGAAAUCUAGUCAUCAGAGCAUCAUUAUGUUGCGAGGAUCGCACGGAUCUUUUACCAGACCUCAUCAAAACCCUUAAAGCACUUCGGCUAAGAACCCUGAAAGCCGAGAUCACUACGCUUGGAGGCCGUGUGAAAAAUGUGUUGUUCAUAACCGGAGAUCAAGAUGCAAAUAGCAACAAUGAUACGACCAAUUACUCGAUAAGCAUGAUCCAAGAAGCAUUCAAAGCAGUGAUGGAGAAAACAAAUGGGGAGCACGAAUCUUCUUCUGGGAGUGUUAAGAGACAAAGAACAAAUAACAUUAAUGUUCUUGAUCAUCGUAGAACAUGAUCGUAUCGAUCUCUCCUUAAACGUAUGAAACUUUAGGGCUUACACCUUUAAGAAUUUCUGUUGUUUUUUUCCCUUAGAGAUCUUGGGUUUAAGUCUUUCGUUUGUACUUUUUGUGUGUUUUCCUUGUUUUCUUUUGGGGUCGUUUGUUUGAUUAAUGGGUAUGCUUGAUGUGUUGUUGAACCUUUAUCAUUGGAGAAAAGAUGGCAAGUACCA